AGACCAAGAGGGAGGACCGCAUCAUCAUCAUCAUCAUCAUCCCAACUACUCUACUCUCUCUAAGGUACGUCCAAAAAGUAGCUUAUCACACACACUUACAGCUCACUAGGAACUAGAUUUAAGCCGCCGAGCAUCCCGACUACUGUCAGGUCGACGAAAGUGAGUAAUAGCUUACAUGUGGUUUCCAUUAAGAGCCAUGUUGUCGUUGCCUCUUUUGGCAGGAAGGAAGAAACCAUGACAUGACAACACUGUUUUUCCUUCAUAAACUUACCUAAAGUCGUCCAAACGCAGAUGAGGAGCGACAUGUCAGGGCUCUGGACGGCCUGUCCAGAAAGUCGAUGGCUCCCGUGUACUCGGCUCUCUCUCGGUGUUUGUGUGUGCGUGUGUGAGAGCACAGGAGAAAGUUGGAUGCGUGGGAGUUCUUCUUGGAGUAGUCCGCAUCCCACCACCAACGGCCCCUCCCAGCUGUCAGAAAGGCGCCCCCUUCUGGUUUGAAUGUACCGAAAUUGAGAAACACAUCAGUACAGUAUUGCUUUAUUGCAGUGCCAGUGUAGGGUACUUUUAAAGGGACAAUAACAUUGUCAUAUAAAAUUUAUUUUAUUGUAAUUUGUUUUUGAUGUAUUUUUUGCGCCUGGAAAAACUUUUUUUUUUUUUUUUUUUUAUUCUUAUUAGUUUGGCCGUGCUAUUUUAGAAAUAGAAUUGAUUAUUUUUUUGUGUUUUUUUUAUUGCCUCGUUGAUUAACUUGUUUAUGUAACCAUAAAUCAAUAUUUGGGUUUAUUUUAAGGAUGUUCGUUAAAAUACAUUUUUGAAUCCCAAUCUGAAGUAUUGGAACGAAAUCAUGACGUAGGUUGUGUAAGCGGAACAUCGGUUCAUUUUCCAUGUUUCUCGCCGUGGCCGGAGCAUGCUCGCCGACGGACCAGGAAGCCUUCUGAGGUAACCUCACGGUUUUCCAUCGCAAGCAUUUGAAAAACGUGAAGGAUCGACAACAUGUUGAGAACAGCUUCUGCACAGGUAUUCAGACAGCUGGUGCGAAACAACACCACUGACUCCAGCCUCAUUCUGGAGAGAUCAAUAAACCGUGUCCAGCUGCUGGGCCGAGUGGGCCAGGAACCCGUGAUGAGACAAGUGGAGGGCCGCAACCCCGUCACCAUCUUCUCCCUUGCCACCAACGAAAUGUGGCGUUCGGGGGAGGGCGAGACGAGCCCGUCAGGUGAUAUCAGCCAAAAGACAACGUGGCACCGCGUGUCCGUCUUCAAACCCGGUUUGAGGGACGUGGCCUACCAGUACAUCAAGAAAGGGGCCAGGAUUCUUGUGGAGGGCAAACUGGAUUACGGCGAAUACGUGGAUAAGAACCAAGUCAGACGCCAGGCCACCACCAUCAUUGCAGACAAUAUAAUCUUCUUGAGUGACAAUGUUCGCGACAGAACCUGAAACCCUACACUUCAACACUUUUUUUUUUUUUUUUUUCUUUCUUUCCUUCUUUCUUGAGUUUAUACCAAAAAGGGCAUGGACACCACAGCGAUGGACUGUUUUCGUAUGACCCAAUUUGAAGCCUUGUAAAGGCAUUUUGGACUGGGGGGCAUCCUACUGGAGGAAAAGUCAUCCUGUUGGACCUCUGAGAGACUCGUACAGCUCUUGUUUUGAUUUUCUAAAGUAGUUUGUGUAUCACCCAACGCUAAUGGAUAAUACAAGUGGCAUCCUUGCUAAAUGUAAAGAAAAUGACAAUGUUUCCAUCCUGUUUUGUUCCAAGUGAUCUGUUGACAGCUGCAAGUAUAUUCUCAGUCAAGUUGAAACGUACUACAUUUGCAUUGAUUCGGUGGUCUAUUUCACGUUUUCACUUCCUGGUGUGCAGCUGUUGUUUGCAUCAGCUAGUUUCUACCAAGGCUAAGUUGCUCUCACUGUUUGCUGUGAAAAGACAUGUAAACUAAGUCAAUAUUUGACUAUAUCGCAAAAUGUUUCCGCCACAUAAGAGUGAUUGGCGUAGUUAUAUGUCGAAGUAGAAUAAAAUGUUAAGCCAC